AUGUCCUGGUUGAAAGGAGGAUCUUUGUCAAAAACUGUUGAAAUACUCACAAUAUGGGGAAUGGCAGGGAUCGAAAAAACAACUUUGGCUAAAUAUAUCUAUAGGUUGCAUAGCCAUGAAUUUGAAAGAAUUAGCUUUGUUGAAGACAUUGAAAGAAAAUGUGCAGACCAAACACAUGCGCUACUCAAUCCACAAAAACAACUUCUUGGAGACAUUCUUAGGAAAAGAAUGAUCGAAGAACAUAAUGUAGAUGUGUGUACAUCUAAGAUUAAGAAAGUAUUAUUUCAUAAACAAACGCUUGUUGUUCUUGAUGGUGUUGAUAACUUUGAGCAGAUAGAUGCGUUGAUUGGAACAAAAGGAUUUCAACCAGGAAGCAAAAUCAUUGUAACAACCAAAGAUAGAUCCAUAACAGAAAAUUGUGCAUUGUUUCGUUUAACAAUGCCUCCAAAACAUACAAAACAUGCACUUUGUGGUUUAAGUGCUAGUGAAUCUCUAAGACUUUUUUGUUGGCAUGCAUUUGGAGGCUAUGAUCCAAAGGAGGGUUAUAAAAAGGAGGCAAUAACAGCUUUAAAGUAUUGUGGAGGGCAUCCUCUAGCUCUUAAGGUUUUGGGUAGCUCUCUAAGUAAAGAAGAUGUAGCCACAUGGACUGAUACCUUUGAAAUGCUAGAGACAAGAGAAUUUCAUACUCAUGUAAACAAGGUCCUCCAGAUUAGCUUUGAUUCUUUGCCAUCUGAAAAUUGCAAAGAUUUGUUUAAGCAUAUUGCAUGUCUUGUCCUUGACAUGAAGAUAUUGGAGAAAGAGCCUUUACUUGCCUUAAAGAGAGUUGUGGUGCCUGAAUUUGAAGACGAUGAUCCAAACACCAUUUUUGGAAUAGGAUCCUACAAGAAUUUCCCAAAUACUUUAAUAGGGUUGUGUUUGCAUGGAUUCCAACUGAAAUACAUACCAUCAGAAUUACCAAUGGAAAAGUUGGUUGCUCUUUACAUGUCUUAUAGUGGUUUGACAGAGCUUUGGAAGAAACCAAAGAUUCUUCGGCCAUUGAAAAUUCUUAAUCUAAGUUACUGCAAGCUUGUUCGAGUUGGUGGCUUCUCUAGACUACCAGCACUUGAAAGAUUGAUACUUACAAGAUGUGAAUGUUUGGUUCAUGUGUGUGACUUAAUUGGUGAAUGUGGUAACCUUCUACUUCUUGAUAUGAGGUACUGCAAGAAGCUUAAAAACCUUCCAAGCAGCAUUAGCAAGUUAAAGAAUGUUAGAACUGCAUAG